AUGGUCAAGCUCCACGAGGUCGAAGACGAGGCUUUCACCGAGAAGCCCACCCCCAGCAAGCACGACGCUCUGUUGGUUUCCGAUGACGAGGAUGAGGACUACAGUGACACCGACUCAGAAAUCUCCGAGGCUGAGGAGGACGAGGAGGUCGACGAGGAGAGCUUCGCCGAGCGUCUCUCCGCCCUGAAGGACAUGAUCCCUCCCUCCGCCCGCCGCACCGUCACCAGCUCCGUCUCUUCCCUCACAUCCUUCACCAAGGCAAGCCUUUCCUUCAGCGGCAAGGCUCUCUGGAUCAUCAGCACCAGCGCCUUCCUGAUCGGUGUCCCCUGGGCUCUGGCCUACGCCGAGGAGGAGCAGUACAUCCAGAUGGAGCGUGAGCAGGGCAUGAUUAAGGGUGCCAACGAGAUGCUCACACCCGGCGCCGAGGCCGAGAAGCAGGAGGCCCAACCCACUUUGUAA